ACCCCUCUCGUUGGCCAUCGAACGUGGUCACACGCAAAUCGCCGACAUGAUCUUUCGCCACAAGCAGCGUCCUGUGGACGAGAUCACGCUGGCGGAUGUCCAAGACGUUUGUUCUCACCUCGGCGCUGGAGGCAAUGGCAACGUCUCCAAGGGCUCGUACCACGGGCGAUUUGUCGCUGUCAAGCGCCCCAACAGUGCUGCGCAUGUCCAGUCGUUCCGAACCGAGAUCAACGCGAUGCUCACGUGUGCGUCACCGUACUUGGUGGAGCUCUUGGCGAUCGCCGACCGCCACUCAAAGACACCGGCGCUCGUUCUCGAGUACAUGGACGGGGGCAAUCUGCGCACGUAUCUCGAUAAGAAGAAGUCCGGCGAGAAAAUGUCUCUGAACAUGACCAAGCUCGAGGUGGCUUGGGUCGUUGCCAACGCGCUGCGCGAUCUGCACUCCAUGGGAUUUGCCCACGGCGAUAUCAAGAGCCUCAACGUGCUCGUCAGUAGCAUGGGCUACAUCAAGGUCGGCGACUUGGGCACGGCCCGGGAACGCGCGACGAUUUCGACGGCGGUGCCAGGGACACUCUACUGGACCGCGCCCGAGGCGCUCCGCACCGAUAUUCCGGGGCGCUACGGUAUGGAAGCCGACGUCUAUGCCUUUGGAGUGCUCCUCACGGAGCUCGACACGCUCGAACUGCCGUACUACGACCAGCUUUCCAUGACGCAUCAUGCGUUUGUGAACGGCGUUCUCGAUGGCUCCGUCCGACCGACGCUCCGCAAGAACUGCGAGCCUUGGUACCAGCAACUGACGGAGCAGUGUCUCUUGGCGAAUCCCAAUGCGCGCCCGACGGCCGCCAAGAUUGUCGAAGUCUUGCAGACGCACGUAGCCGCGGCGGUGGCGAGCAAGGAUGUAUGCACCUGCUCCUCUCCAGUACAUAUACGUACAUCCAUGUGA